AUUUGCCGACAGGCUAUGGUAAAUCUUUGAUUUUCCAGUGCCUUCCAAUUGCUGCGGAUGCUCUGUUCGAAAAGCCUUGUGGUUCCAGUGUUCUUGUUGUAAUAUUGCCAUUGCGAUUGCUUAUGGAAGACCAGAUUCGACAUCUAAACGACACGGGAGUGCCAGUGAUCACGAUUACUGACAAAGAGGACGUCGAAAUAAUCCAGCAGGUUAUGAACGGCAAUUAUGUGCUUGUUUAUGGCUCUCCAAAGUGCUUGCUCUCAACUGAAUCUUGGAGAAGUAUUUUUGAUUGUCAAAGUUUCAAGGAGAUGUUGAUCGGAGUUGCUAUUGACGAGGCCCACUGUAUUGCACAAUGGGGGUUGUCUGGGUCGAAAAAGGUGCCAUUUAGGAAAUGGUAUGGAUGCCUGGGGGAACUCAGGUCCCUGAUUCCAACAGCAAGCAGGUUGGUGAUAUUGAUGGCCACUGCAACCAAGGCUACAAAGGGGGAAAUAUUAAAUACCCUUCAUUUGUCAAAAGAGGAUAUUAAGUUUAUUGAACAAAGUCCAGACUGUCCAAACAUAAAGUACUGUGCACAGUAUCUUGACAAAAAUGAACCACUUGAGGCUUCAUUUUCUACUCUAAUUGAAGAAUUGAAAACUAUGCGUGGAAAUACACCAAGAACUUUGAUUUACUGUCAGACAAAGAAACAGUGUUCCGUUUUAUUUCACGUGUUUGAAGUUUUCCUUAGACAUGGCAUCUUUCAAGGAACUACCAAACAGCCAAAUAGAAUUGUUGAGAUGUACCAUGCUUGUACCUCAUCACGAGUAAAAGAGCACAUUGUUGACAAUAUGGCCUGUGAUGAGGGACACAUUCGAAUACUCAUUUCAACAAUUUCAUUUGGAAUGGGAGUCAAUUGUAAAAAAGUGAGACAAGUAAUACAUUUUGGCUGCUCCAAAUCAAUGGAGAUGUAUGUUCAGGAGUGUGGAAGUGCUCGGAGAGAUGGGCUGCCAAGCACUUGUGUGCUUUUACACAAUGGUUUGCUGUCUGCACACUGUGAUAAAGACAUGAAACAUUAUGUAAGUACCAGUGAAUGUUGCCGAAGGGUACUGAUUAACCAUUUUGGGUUUGAUCAUGAUAGUGCUAACCCUUGCCCAGUCCAGUGUUCAUCAACACACUUGUUGUGACAUCUGUGCCGAAAUGUGCAAGUGUGGAAGUGGCACCUGUCCUGAUUUAUGGACCCCCCACAAAGACACUGACAACAUUCCAGAAUUAGCCAUUGGUGAGUCUGUCAGUGAUACAAGCAGAGAGACAAGAGUGUUUUCUACUGCAUCAAGGGAAAUGUUGCAAAAUAAGCUCCUAGAUUACCACAAAGAGUUAUCCAAUCAGGUUGAUGUUGACUCAAUGGUUAAAUGCCCGAAUGCUUUACUUGAGUUUCACUCCUUUCACAUCAAUCAAAUUGUACGAAAUUGCCAUUUGAUUUUCAGCUUAAAGGAUGUGUAUGCUUAAAGGAUGUGUUGAAAUUUGGCGAAAGAAGUAUGCUGUUGCCAUUAUUUGUAUACUUAGUGACAUUUUUGGAGACAUUGACACAACUACAGAACUUCCAGCUGUAGAGGAUGAAGCUACAUGUAUUCAUGAACAUGAUUCUAUCCUGUCUGAAUGGGGACAAUUGCGGGAUGAUUCAUCACUGAAUCUUUUGCUUAACAUUUGUGAUUUGGAGAACUGGGGUUCUUUCUCUGAAGUAAUUGAUGACCAGGAUGAUUCACAUAAUUUGGAAUUGCCUGCUGAGAAUUCACAGACCUAAGGAAUGUUACAGUUUAUAAACUAGCUGGAACAAUGAAUGUUCGUUUCGUAAAUGUUGUGAGAGUGGAUGACUUUAGAUCAUUUAGUAAUACAGUAUAAUAAUAUACAUCUGGUUCAAUAACGAAUAUCAGGGGAUUCAUAAACUAUCAGUUAAACAAGUGUGAGGUCAAGAAGGCUGGAUAUCGGCAAAGUUUUUUGCAUGUUAUUGACUGAGAUGAGUCAAGUAUUUCAGGUCCAUAAAAAAGCUAACAAGACUUCAAGGCAAAAUAUCCAGCAAUCUUGACCAAAGAGGCUGGUCAAUAAAAGAUCUUUUUAUCUGACAUCCACAUGUAGAACACCAUUGUCCUAAAUUAUAGCACUAAGAGGGUGGUCCCCAGCAGUCAAGAUCAAAUAGCUAGCUGUGCAUAUGUUACUAAAGGAUCUUUAAGCAAAGAAAGGUACCCAAACCUUUAUAGGUAACAAAAAUUUUAACAUCUCUUUAUGUGCUCAUGUCAACAUUGAUUUCAGUGCAGCUGCUUAGACUGAGACACUAACUAACGAGUCAAAACAAGGAUCAAUACACUGUGUAAUUGUUCACAUAUCCAAUGCUUAAUGUAGCUAGCUAUAAAUCUGUGCAUUCAAAUUCAGGUUCUUCAAAUUAUGUGUAUGUACAUUUAAGUCCACCACUCUUGCAACAUAUCCACAACUUACAGUUACAUGUAACAAGAGUUCGAGAAAGGCUCUAAAUGAACUAUAUCAAUAGGUAUUUAAAGUGCACCUAACCCCAAAUUUUGUUUUUCGCUAAAACGAAUCUAGACUUUAUUUGAAGCAUUUGGGCGAAG